UGUCCGACCCGAUCCGUCCCCGGCCCGGCAAUGCCAUCACUCUCUCUCUUCCAUCCGGCCUUAGAAUGAAAGCAUAAAACUCUUUGCUCGAACUCCAUUUUCCUCCAACAUUCUCUCCGUUGCACUCCUAUGGCAACAAUUCACAAACCCAUAAGGCUGAAGCCAAAACCCAAGUCCCCAAUCUACACUCUCGUGAUCUGCAUAGCUGCAAUUACAUUGUUGUUUCUGUUUUCCACAGAUGGGUUUUCUUUCUCCUCCCAAAUGACAUCCAGGAAACCCCAGAGGGUGAAGAGGCUACAUUCUCUCCAUGAUAAGUACUUGUAUUGGGGCAGUAAAAUUGACUGCCCAGGCAAGCACUGUGACUCCUGUGAGGGUUUGGGUCACCAGGAGUCCAGCCUCAGGUGUGCCCUUGAAGAAGCAAUGUUUUUGAACAGGACUUUUGUGAUGCCUUCCACAAUGUGUAUCAAUCCAAUACACAAUAAGAAGGGGAUCCUUCAUCAUUCUAACAAUGCAAGUUCAGAGGAAAGGUGGGCUGCAAGCUUUUGUUCCAUGGACUCUUUGUAUGAUAUUGACCUUAUAUCUGAAACUAUACCUGUAAUUUUGGACAACUCAAAAGUUUGGCAUCAGGUAUUGUCAACAAGUAUGAAGUUGGGAGAUAGAGGAGUUGCCCAUGUUGAAGGAGUUAGUCGGGUUGAUCUCAAAGAGAAAAGUCGCUACUCAAAUAUCUUGCUCAUUAAUAGAACAGCAAGCCCUCUUUCAUGGUUCAUGGAAUGCAAAGACCGAAACAACCGCAGUGCUAUUUUGUUGUCAUAUUCAUUUCUUCCUUCAAUGGUAUCAGAGAAAUUAAGGGACGCAGCAGAGAAGAUUAAGGCACAUCUUGGUGAUUAUGAUGCUAUUCAUGUUCGACGUGGUGAUAAAAUAAAAACUAGGAAGGAUAGGUUUGGUGUUGUGCGGAGUCUACAUCCUCAUCUGGACAGGGAUACUCGCCCAGAGUUCAUACUUCAUAGGAUCGAAAAGUGGGUCCCACCUGGACGAACUCUUUUUAUUGCUUCAAAUGAGAAGACAGCAGGAUUUUUUUCACCUCUCUCUGCCAGAUAUAAAUUGGCAUAUUCAUCUAAUUAUAGCAGUAUCUUGGAUCCCUUGAUUGGGAACAAUUACCAAUUAUUCAUGGUUGAGAGGUAUAUAAUGAUGGGUGCCACAACAUUCAUUAAAACUUUCAGGGAAGAUGAUAUGGAUCUCAGCCUUACCGAUGACCCUAAGAAGAACACAAAGAAAUGGCAAAUACCAGUUUAUACAAUGGAUCAAUAGAGAAGCUGAUGGCAAUAUAACCCAUCACUCUUUCUUUCCUCCAUUUUAGCCAAUUAUUCCUCUCAAUGGAUACUGUAAUAGCCUAUCUGGUCAUUCUACGAUGUUACGGUACCAGUUUGCACUUGGCUUGCAUAUCAGAAUCUUGUAGCUUCAACAGAGAAUUGGUAUCACGAGAGGUACAAAGAGAGGCUUGCUGAUUUUUCCAAUGUAAAUUGCAAUCUGAAUUGAAAUCCAGGUUUUACCUGUUUCUUUUUUCAAAUAUAUUUGUUAUUAUUACAAAGAAGUUUUCUGGAGAAAAGACAAUUGCUCUCAAUCUAAUAGCUAUUGGUGAAUGCAUAUAGAUAGAAACUAUCAUUUUGUAAA